CGUUGAAAUCAAGUUCUGCUUAACAAACCGUUGAAAUCAGAAAUUCAGAAACCCUAAACCCUAAAAGCUGACUGCGAGGAAGAAGACGAAGAUGGAGCAGGGAGGAGGCUUAUUGGACGAAGCGCUAGGGCAUCUCAGCCGCCGCGUUGUGCUCCUCGAAGACUGCGUCGACACUAGCGCCGCUUUCGUCCUCCACCACAUUCUCAAGCGCUCUCUCUCUCAGUCUCCCCACUCCACCUCCAACGCCGUCGUUUUUGUUGCCUUCGCCCACCCCUUCUCUCACUACGAUCGCAUCCUCCGAAGACUCGGUUGCAAUUUGGCUGCACAGAGGGACAAUAAUAGAUUCUUUUUUCUUGACAUGCUUAUGGACUGCCCAGAUGAAGGGAAAAACAGUGAUUGUGGACUAAUUGCUUUGUAUGGGAAAAUCCAAAAGACUAUAAGUGCCUUAGCUCAAGAGAACAACUGUGUCACCGUUAUGAUUGAUGAUAUUUCCCUCAUGGAGGUGGCUGAAGGAUCUGCAAAUCUUGUGCUGGACUUUCUGCAUUACUGUCACACUUUAAUAUCAGAAUCUGGCUGUUCUUUGAUCAUGCUCAAUCACGAGGAUAUCUAUUCAGGCACAGCGAAGCCUACCCUUAUAUUACAGAUGGAGCAUCUAGCAGACAUUCUGAUAAGGGCAGAACCGUUGGCCACUGGGUUAGCCUCAGAUGUGCACGGGCAGUUGACAGUUAAAAACAGGGGGAUUUAUGAUGGGCAUGAGGGAUCGAGAAACAAGGUGUCGAAUUUCCAAUUCAAAGUAAAGGAAAAUGGUGUCGAGUAUUUCUAUCCCGGAAGCAAGACUUGAGGAUCAUAUACGCGGCGUUGUUAAGGAAUUUCAAAUUGUGGGUGAAUAUAGCGAUUGAGGCUCCCUUGGGAUGGUGGAAAGUAUAUCUGCGUUACGGGUUGUACUAAUGUGGCGACAUGAAUGUUGUUAUUCUCAUCCCGACCUGCCCUGAAACCGAAAUAAAAUGGGUUGUGAAUGCGACUCUUAUCAUCGUUAAUUAGCACAUGCUCAAUGAGCAUUUGAGGAUUAUUAGCACA